UCCAUCCAGUAUCCUCUUCUCCUCCAGCUCCUUUAACUUCUCCUCAACAACCUUCACAACAACCCCCACCUUCAGAAAAAUCCUCAAGCUAUGCAAGCGGCUCUUCUCUAUACAAACGUGGAACACUUGUAUUAGCUCCAAAUUUAUCCCGUCACGAUUCUGCAGCAUUCCUCAAAGUUGUUGAAACACUUGGAUUUUUGGGGAGAGAUGCUGCUCAUAUCACACCUGAAAAUUUUGGAUUAUUUAUUCAUUGUUUAAGAAUGAUGGUAGAAGCUAGUAUGGAUGGGGGAAAAUACACAACACCUAUCCAAUCAUUAACUAUAACUUCCCCCACUUCUCCAAAUAAACAAACCGGAAAUUCCUCUUCAAAUACUUCAAAACAAUUCCAUGUUCCCCAUGAAAAUUCUCAAAAACAACGCAAAACAAAUGAGGAUGCUAGUGGGGGUUUAACUGAAUCAGAAGAGAAAAUGAGUGAUCAAGAAAAAUUAGCUAAUUGUUAUGUUGAUGCUUCUUUGCAAGUGAAAAAUUUCUACAUACUUUUCGAGCCUAUAUUUUCCCAAAUUUUGUGGUGUACCUAG